UGGGCAAUUGAUGAUACCUAGGUGGAACACUUUAUAUGCCUUAUACUGUAAUUCAAACUUUUUUCCUUUUGAAAGCCUGUCUGUUCUGGUACAUUUUCUGAAGGUAGGUUAAGUAAGUUGGAUAACAUUCACAAUUCUUUCAUUGAAGCCUUUCUCAGUUUGAACAUUUUUUGACAAUUGGAAAUGGAAAAUACAAUAUACACUACUGUAAAAUGGUUUGAACCAUUAAAAAAAAUAUACUGCAAUGGGUUUUUUCGUGUGUAGUCAGAAUAUACUAGUGUAAAUAAAGUAUGGUAGUUCUUUGUUCCCUUUUGUUAAUUUCCAAAUGGAAAGAGAAUGUGGCCUCCAAUCUGAACUAAUUAAAUAAAAAUGCUAGGCUGUUGACCUAACAGGCAUCAUGUGGUUUCAGUCAGUCAAAAAGAAUUUGAUUUUUUUUCCCCCUUAAAUCUCAUAUAUGGGGUAUUCCUUUCUCGUCUUCGAUCUACAUAUACAUUGUUUCCUAAAUGGCAAAUUCUGAUUGAUCUCUUCUUUUGCACCUUUUCAUAUUGUGAUGGAGUAUGUACUGUAUAAAAGUGGAAAGUGAUUGAUUCAAUUUGAUUAUAAAAUGAAGGUCUACUGAAAUCCCAAAUAAAAACAGUUUGCAUAAAUGUAUACAAUUAAGAUCCAUGACCGUGUAGGCUAUCACAGCAGAAUUACACCCUUUAUCAAAGAUUUCUAGACUCUCUCUCAUUCAACUGAAACUGAAUUUAUGAUUGCGGGUGUACAUUACAGACUAAAGAAUGUUGAAAUUCGCCUCCCCAGACAAGCCGCAGGGAAACAGCGACAGCUGAACAAAGCGCCGCUCUGCCGAUGCUGCCUCCACGCGCGCGAACAGGGAAGGCGGAACUUCGCGCGUUCACCUCUGAUAUUAACCCUUUGUACUGACUCCAUGUUCCAAAAGUUUGAAAAAGACUCGCCGAAAGCAGGUUGACAAUUUAUUCGUCGACAAUGGUCAAAACCAAGGCAAAAACAGAUGACGGAGGGACAAUUCUGGAUCCAAAACAAGGCUACAUGUUUCCGAGCAGCAAAAUCUGUCUUAUCUCAGUGUCCAGUGUUUUUUAUGUCCGUGGGCCGGCCGAAGUUAACAUGUCCCUGUGGUGUUUGCUGUUGCUCAUUGCCCUCACCCAUCCGACCUCAAGCACCAGUCCUGGAGUGAAAGUCAAACUGACAGAUAAUGGCAUUGAAUAUGGCAGGCAACUCGGGAUGGCGUCCAUCCAGCAGAAACUCAAAAGUAUAACAAUACCAGAUAUAUCUGGAAAACAAAGACUGUCUGUCAUCGGCAAGGUUGAGUACAGAUUCUCAAAUAUGCAAACAGUGGCUGUGGGAUUACCUUCCUCUGCCGUGGAUCUAAUACCUGGGACUGGUGUCAGACUGUCUAUAAGUAACGCCUUCAUCAGUAUGAAGGGUAACUGGAGGGUCAAGUACCGCAGAAUAUUGAAGGACAGUGGUUCCUUUGAUUUAAGUGUGAAUCAACUGUCCAUCAGGACAGGUGUUGCUGUCAAAAGUGAUGAAACAGGGCGACCUCAAGUCAAUAAUGUUGAUUGUGCAGCUACUGUUGGCAGCGUGAGCAUCAAAUUCCAUGGUGGAGCCAGCUGGCUGUACAAUCUUUUCACAAACAUCAUUAACAAGUCAUUGCGCAAUGCGCUCCAAAAGAAGAUCUGCCCCCUGGUGGCUGAUGCCGUGUCUGAUCUGAACCCUCAGUUGAAAACGCUCAAUGUCUUAGCCCAAGUGGACAAGUAUGCCGAGAUUGAAUAUUCAUUGGUCUCUGCACCUGAAAUCUUCAACUCCUCCAUAGGUUUGAGCUUGAAGGGAGAAUUCUACAACAUCGAGAAGCAUCAGGAAACUCCUUUCCCCGCAGCGGUGUUCUCUUUGCCGCCUCAGAACAAUAAAAUGCUGUACAUUGGUGUGUCUACCUUCACUGCCAACUCUGCAGCUUUUGUCUACAACACAGCUGGAGCCCUGAGCUUGUACAUUACUGAUGAUAUGAUCCCUCAAAGCUCUCCAAUCAGGCUGAACACCAGAACAUUUGGAGUUUUCAUCCCCCAGAUUGCCAAAUCUUUCCCGGGUUUAUUGAUGAAACUGCUGGUAAAAACGGUGAAAAAUCCCAUCAUCACUUUGGAGCCAAGCAACGCGACUAUUCAAGCCACCAGCACAGUGACGGCUUAUGCGAUCCAACCCAAUGCAACUCUCUCUCCUUUAUUUGUCCUGAACUUGGAGACCAGUGUCAGUGCCCGAGUGUUUGUCAGUGGCAUGAGGCUAGCUGGAGCUGUCAUCCUGAACAAAAUGGAUCUGACCUUGGGGACAAGUUAUGUGGGAGACUUUCGGGUCAGAUCACUUGACAACAUCCUGAGCAUGGUCCUAAAAGUGGUUGUUAUACCUAAACUAAAUGUUCAACUUGCAAAGGGAUACCCUCUACCUGCCAUUGGGAAGAUGAAGCUUGUUAACACUGAUCUUCAGAUCCUUAAGGACUACAUGCUGAUUGGGACAGAUGUUCAGUUUGCAGGAUGAUGAAUGUAAAACCCAAAGUGUUUUCUCCUAUUCCAGAGCGACUCACUGGCUGUAGAGGAACAAUCAUAGCACCAAUUGCAGCAAAAUCUCUCCAUCUCCAGCCAUUUCAAGCCAAUAUUACAGCUUAACAUUUGUGAUACUUUCUGUUUGUGAAAUUAAACAUUGUACAUUUCACUCUUCAAAAUUACAUGUAAAUGUGAUUCAUUUUUUUCUUCAGCAGGCUUUUUUUUUUUAAUUUUGUAAAAUUGUGUCAUCCAAAAAGUGUGCAGGGCAGUCUGCGCUUUCUGAGACUGGAUUUGUCAUCUAAUUUAAUGGUAUGUUGAAUAAAACAUGAAUACGAUCAGACUUUUCAAAUAAAUUCUAAUGCCCUUU